GUGUCUGAUCCAUUAAAAGAACAAUGGCGGUUGUUAUUUUUUUCAGAAUCCAAUCUCUAUUUGAAGCGUCAAAUUAAAGGAAUUUAGAAAGAUAUAUACUGACAAACGAAUACGAAUAUAAUGCCAACAAAAUCUAAUUUACAUUCUUCGGACAAAGAUAUGAACGGAUUUGGAUUUUGACAUGUUCUGAUUUGAGAAGAUCGAAAAAGCUAAUUCGAUAUUUCUAGGAAAAUUUCGCAUUGCAGACUAUAAUUUAGAUAAAAACGAUUUUUUUGGCACUUUCAAUUUAUGGAAGUUACUGAUUCGCCAACAAAGGAUUAUUUUAUGUUUUGAUGUCACAUCUGCUUUAGUGAUGGAAUUGCUAGUAGCGUUUUGGAUUCAGUACUGAAAAACAGUUCAGGAAAAGAACUGCUUUUAACAACAAAGAUCCGAGGCUUGUUGAGUCGUGCCACGUGAUCGGUGGUGCAUGGUGUGUUGCUGAAGGCCAACCUGAUGGAUGUUGCGGGCGAGCAGGGGCAGGGCCACCGUUGGCCCUACGACGGCCCCCGCAUGGGCGACGCCAACCUCCUUGCGCCCGACGAUGUCGACGUCUUCUUCCAUUCCCUCGACUCCAACGGAAAUCCCGUCAACCCGGCCAGCUACUACGCAAGCCCGGCCGCCGCACGGGCCGUGCACAGCUACAGGCCGCCCCACGCACGAAUGCCAAGUAGCCAGAUGUGCAGACCACAUUUCCACACGCCUCUCCACCCGUGGAUAUCGGAGGGCGGCAAGCCGAUGGUACCUCACCCCGCCCACGGGUCAGCCUGGUGCUCGCCCUUCUCCGGAAAACCCCCUCAUCACCCCAGUGGGUCCUCGGGACCAUUGGGAGUCCACGCACCACCCCACACGGGCUCACUACCACCACACUCUAGUCCUCACCUCUUCAGCUUCCCGCCCACGCCCCCGAAAGACGCUACUCCCGACACAGUGUCAGGAGCGAGUACCGGACAUGCCACUGUGACCGACUACGGCGGUAACUCGGCCGGAAUCGUCGCGUCCAGCAGCAGCAGCGAGGACAUCAAGGGCCACCACACGCCCAACAUGAUCACCUCCCUGGGAAGCAACUGCGGUGGAAAGCCAAGAGAAGGUAGUACAGCCUUUUCCUCAGCCCUCCCCCCUGUUCAUCACCACCACCAACAACCAUCUCACCAUCACCACCACCACAUGCCCACCUAUUCCCCGUACGUGACGGCACCACCCCACUCGGGUGGGUCGGCGGACUAUUCUGGGACAGGAUAUCCCUUCCAUGGUUCAUUCCUUGGUUCAUCGUCAACGAAAUCUUCGUCUUCUCUGCAGAACUCGAGCAGUUCUUCCAGCACAAAGCCCAGAAGCAAAGGACGAUCCAGUGCCGAUGACAAGAAUCUGUGGUCUGGCUAUAGCAGAACUUUGACUAACAACGGAAUUGUGUUGUGGAGUUCUGAUACCGACACUCACUAUUCUAACCCCUGUGAAGGUCGUGAGUGCGUGAACUGCGGGGCCACCUCGACGCCAUUGUGGCGCAGGGACGGCACGGGACACUACCUUUGCAAUGCCUGCGGACUCUACCACAAAAUGAACGGUCAGAACAGGCCGCUCAUUAAACCCAAGAGGCGACUGUCCGCGGCGAGACGAGCGGGUACGAGUUGCGCCAACUGCAAGACUACUACGACGACACUUUGGAGACGGAACCAGAAUGGAGAGCCCGUCUGCAAUGCAUGUGGUCUCUAUUACAAACUACACAAUGUAAACCGACCUCUUACAAUGAAGAAAGAAGGCAUACAAACCCGGAAUCGAAAGCUUUCCUCAAAGAGCAAGAAGAAGAAAGGAUGUCUCGCCAUUCCUGAGUGUCUGAAGCCGCUGGACAAACCUUUCUCUGGAUUCGGACCAGCAAGCCAACUUGGCUCCAUGUCCUCUAUGUCGGUAACGAUGAAUCACUAUAUGCACCAGGGCAACAUGCCCAUUUCGAUGCCAGGCUCCUUCGUGUCCUCGUCCCCCAUGCACAUGAACACAGCUCCCGGACUGUCCAGCCUCUCGUUGACCUCCAGUGGAGGGCCUCUUCCCCUGGGAACGGGAGGUUUAGGUCUGGCCACUUCGAACAGCAUGGUGGGUGCUAUGGCUUGACAUAGGGCACCACCGCAACCAGGUCUGGGUUGCUGGGAUGUAGGACAUCAUCACCACCACGACAAAGGAGCGCUGGCGUCAUGCGCACAGCUCUGGACGCAAUUACCGAACUCGCUCUCUGGUGGAACAGAGGGGUCGUCACCCCUGUGUUCUGGACUGUCAGAUUAUAAAGAGUGAUGAAUUCACUCCAGAGGGCCUUGUUUCGCUUACCUGGCCUAUCCAACGAUACGCAUGAAAUGAAAUAGUGUGUGAAUGUGUAACUCGAAAACGGUCAAGAUGCUGUCCAGCACAUAGGAAAGUCUAUUUCUAUACAAACUUUUCGUAAUCACGCACAGGUAUCUGACUCCAACAGUGCUAAAACAUGUCUAAGAACUUGCGUUGUUCUGUUAAAACUCCUUGCAGAAAUUGGCUGAGAAUGGCGCCAGACAGCGAAACUUUGGUGUCGAAGCAUGGCCACAGUGGUCAUUUGUACACAAAUGAAGUGAUUUUACUACAUGAACUUAAAUCGUGUUUGUACAUGUAUUACACACACAAUAAUACGCUAAGAGUUUUUGAAAGGACCGGAAUUGGUCUUCCGAUGAUGUGGUUGUAAAAGGAUGUAGUGCUGAUAUCUCUUCUCAUACCAGGAGAAAGGAGAAUCCUGGGAUAAAAAAAAACAUUAUUGACUUACAGUCUUUGAUAGACCUGUGAACUAUUUUAACGUGGAAUUUUUUUCUUCCUUUCAACAUUUCUUUUGUUAUCCCUCCUCCCUCCCCCUCGAAACGCAUUAUUUUCAGGAUCAAAAACUGUUGUUAUAUAUAUAUUUUUCUUUUCACCAAUUUCUCAGGUCAGAUAUGUAUAAUAGACAUCCAUAAGAACAAUGCUGUCGGUGAUUUAAAUCUCUCUAUGAUUAACGAGAUAUUUCUUCAAUGCAUUUUUUCAAUAACACAUUAGUAUUUAUCAUGAAAAUUUCAUUGACUGGUUGUAACAUUUUCUAUCCAAGAAAAGUAUUCUUAAACAACAUGAUUGCAACUCAAAUGCGUUUUAAGCAUUCAGUGUUCAAUUGAAUUUUAUUGUAUUAGAUAAUUUAUGCAUUUUUUUUAAACAAAACCAUUUCCUUUUAAUGAAAAACUGUAAGGCUUCAUUGUGAUCUUACAGGAACAUAGUAUAUACUACAGCAAUAAAUGAAAGUGUUGUUUAAACUGAAAGUGCAGUAAAAUCAAUUUUGCAGUUUGACUACAUCAUAAUAGCUUUUAUGGUAAGAAUUUAAUAUUCAAAAUAGACAAAGUUUAAAGCAUUUAGUAAAUGAUGAUAAAAUCUUUAUCAAUACUAUAUUAUAAAAUUUACAAGAGAAUAUAAAAACUGGAGAAGCCUUAAAUGCAAAAUUAUAUCAUUUGAGUUAAUGCUGAACUUUACUUUUCUUAGGAAUUUUUGAAGCAAUUUAUUUUCAGCCAUUUGAUUAUUUUUUAAAUGUAAUUUGUCGCAUCAUUAUAUUUUGUUACAAAAAUUACCGAUUAUAUAAUUUUUAUUAAAAUUUUAUAUUACAAUCAUUACAAGAUACAGAUUCGUAAUGAUAAUUAAAAACAGCGUUUGUUCAAAUAUUCAUAUUUUAUCUUAAUAAAUAAAUAGGAACAUAUGAUGCAAUAGAUUUAUAAAUGAAUAAUUAGAAUAAUUUAUAAAGACGAUUGUAAAAAUGAGUUAUGUGAAUUUGAUCAUGAUUUUCGUAACUGAUUAGGAAAACGCAUUUCCUGUUAAUUUUGUAACUUAUUUAGUAGAGAUGGCAUAUUUAAUUUCACAUUAUAUUUAUUUUGGUCAAGCUGCAAACGAUUGAUUUCAGAACCUGUUUCAUUGAUUGAAUGGAACCAGAAUUAUGUAUAUUUAUGUUAAAAUGCUGUCUGAAAGCAAUGCUGAGCACAAACGAAUUAUUUACAUAUAUAGAAAAGUGGGAGUGAUUUUUUUAAAAACCUUCAAUGCCGAAACUCAUCAAACUUUGUAAAUACUCACAAAGGGGGCUUUUCACGUGUAUAAAUUGAAUGUGCAAUCCGAUUCAUCUCAUCGCAAUGAUGUCGAUUAAAGUCCAUUCGGAAAUUUCAUAGUAUUUAAAUUUUAUUCAUAUUUGUAUUUAAAUUUUAUUCAUAUUUGUAUUUAAAUUUUAUUCAUAUUUGUAUUUGAAUUUUAUUUCUUAUUCUCUUUGAUAUUUAUAACUUUAUUUCAAUAAUUUAGAAUAUAUGAAUGGUAGUUAUAUCGUUGCUAUAAAGAAUGCUUUAGCCCCUAAAUAUAAUAUUCUAAGUAUAUAUUCUGCGCAUAAAAUAUAACUGCUAAUGAUUCCUAAAUAUAAUAUUAGAUAAUCUUAGGGCCAUUUAACCAAUGAAGUGCGUUCGACGUGCAUACACGUGAAUCAAAAUUUUCAUUUUGGCGUGAUCGAUGCGUAAUGCUUUCUCUGAUAAAAAUGAAAUCUUAUUCGCUUUAUUAUGAUCUUUCGCAAAUUUUACUAUGCAACUAUUUGUUUUCCGUAUGAAGCAUCAAUGCGGCAUCUCUGGACUGUAGAAAGGUGGACUUGAGAAUCAUUGAAAAAAUAAAUUCUAUAAAUGAAACAAUUAAUAUUUGCCACAACCUCUUAAAAUAUUCUAAAAAUUAAACACACACACACACACACACACACACACACACACACACACACACACACACACACACACACACACAAACAAACAUACACACACACACACACACGUUUGUGUGUGUGUGUGUGUAAACAAACAAACACACACACACAGCUUUAUAUUAAAAAUUAGACUAAACUCUUUCCAAGAGCUGUGCAUUGAAAUAAAAGAAAAUAAUUAAAAAGUUGUGAUAGAAUUAUUUAAAGUCUUAACAUUGCUCAGCAAAGGAGUACAAAGGAUUUUUGUUUGUCUCAGUUUGAGCGACUGGCUUUUGUUUGCUUGGAGACAUUACUAAAUUAUUAAUUUGAAGCAAAUGAAAAACAUAUAAAAAGAUAUGUAUUAAAAUAGAACAAAUUUAUAAAAUAGUGAUAGAUUAAUUCAAGGCAAAAAUUAACUGUAAUCGUUUUGGAAACUUAUAAAAAAAAGUAACUAUUGAAAAAAUAUUAUAUAGAAAUGAACUUGAUGUCAUUAAAAUAUUAUAUAUAUUAGGAUGAUAUUAAAAUAUUUUUUGCGAUAAAUUGCUUUAGGGUUACCGUGAGAAAAAAAUUUUUUAAUUGAAUUUUAAAGUAAUUUUUUUUUUUUUUUUUUGAAAACAUAACAGUAUUCUUUUUUUCAUCUUAAAAAAUAAAGUUGCAAAAUUUACUCAUAUAUGAUUCAAUUGUUUAGGAGGAGAUGUGGAACAUACAUACAUAACCACAAUGAUGUUGCUAUUGUUACCUAUGGCACUUUACAAGCCCGCUGACGAACUGUCAGUGAUUUAAGCUGAGUGCGCAGUAGCUUCUGAGGGUAAAGGCAUCUGAGCAUCCGAGGGCAGAAGUCUGACUUCUGGUUCAUAUGAAGAUGGCAGUCACACAUUCGCUUGCACAACCCUUUUUUACCCUCUUUCACACACCUUACAGAUAAGAAUAACAAGUUAGAGAAUAACCAUGCCCGAACCAGGACUCGAACCCGGGAAGCAUUACUCCUAGGCCAGGUCGCCGGCAACCACAAUGAUUAUUAUUUAUAUUAAGAUAAAGAAAAAUGGAUUACACGGUUACUUGUCAAUACAACUAUAUUUUAGAUAUUUUUUAAAAAUUAUUUCAGCAUAAGUGUAUUCAUUUUCUUUAAUGGAGUUCCUUCGUCUUUAAUAAUUGACAUACUAUACAAUGAAAAACCUAUUACGACUAUUUUUCUAAUUAUUUUUUCUAAAAUCGAUAUAAUGGCAAAUUGUUGCAUUUGAAAUUUCAUUGAAAAUAAACAUUCUUUUAAUUCGGAAAAUUGUAUUUGAAUUUUAGUCAACUAUCUUAUAACAUAAAUAUUGUAUAUUUUCGGAACAUUCGAAAUCAAAUUAUUUUUUGUUGUUGCUUCUUAUUGCACUUGCCAUGGACAAGCCCGCUGUUACGAAGACAGCGAUUUAAGCCGAUAGGAUGCGUCUCUUGUUUUUUCAGUAGCGCCAUCUAGGGUACAUUUCACUGAUACGUUAGUCUAAAUGUAAGGGACAUAACAACUACUUGGCGAAAUUUUGAUAAAUUUUAUAUUAAACCUUUGCACGGAUAUCUAAUGAAUUUGCGCAAACUUUGAAUGAUUGUUAAGUAAGGACUUAAUAUAAUUGUUCCAUAAAAGAAUACCUGAAGCAUAAUGCUUAUAGUUGAAGAUCAACUACAAUCGACAAGUUAAAAACAAACUUUGAAAAAUAAUAUGCAGAAACACCGACUGAUUAACUCAGUUACUUUUGUAAUUGCUUCGGCUGAUUUUAUCAGCCUUGCAUGGAGAGUGAUGACCACUUGUUCCUACUUAGUUGGCAUAUCCAGACAAGUCCAUUAUUCAAGGACAUGUGAUAAGGGUGAUAUGACCUUGGAGCACUUGAAGUGGAUUUAGACCAAUAUAUGGGCUAUAUAAUAUCUUCCUGGAAAACAUGCAGGAGAACUUGGUUCAAAUUUGUCUUCCAUUGAGAGAAAAUUCAACAGAUACCUCAGAGAGAAAUUCUUUGCUAUAGUGCGCAUCUGUUUAUUAAUUUGUGAAUAAUGCAAAUGAAGAGUAAAAUAUGCUCGGCUGACUGAGAAAUAUUACUAGCAAUUAUGAAGAUUUAAUGGCAAUUGCUCAAUAUCUUUUUAGUUCGAGUUGAUUACUUUUAUUUCUAUUUUAGUAUAUAUAUUUCCAAGAUUUUUUUAAAUAUCAGUUCCAAGUUUGUAAAUGAAUUGGUUAUACUUUUAAGAUGCAAUAACAUUUUUCAACCAUUUCGCGUUUACCUGGAAUUAUAUUUCAAGGAUCGAAUCGUUGAACUUUUUCCAGUUUCUAAGCCAUACACAAAUCCAUUUGUGAACAAUCAGAUACUAAAAAUUUGAAUUAUGAAGCUUCAUCCUUUUUAUUAAUUAUUUAUCUAGUAAUAUUUAUUCAAAUCGCAUAUCUUUUAGAAAUCUAAUAGAAUCUGUGGUUGUUUGUAAAAAGUACAUAUAAACAUCAGACGAGAACAAAUUUCAUAUAAAGCAAGCAAUUAUUUUCUAGCGUUUAUUGAUAAACGAAAUAACUAUUAUUCAUGAACCGGUUCACAAUACUCAAUUUUAAAGGAAUUAUUAUGUAAUUAAUAUUUGAAUAUGGAGAAAUAUAAUUUUACCCAUAUAUUUCAAUAGCGAAAAAAAUUUCAAGCUAGGAAUCAAGAUAAUCCCAUUUGUCAAUUUAUCAAUCUAAAAAUGUAUUUCGCAUAACUGAAAAAAUGAGAGAUUUUUUCCCUCCAAUAAAUAAUGAUUUACUUAUUUUUGUUCACAAUAAAUAAAAGUUCAGUGACAUAUUACAAAUACCGACUACUUUAUAGAAACCAGACUGAGUUUAAAUAAAUUAAACUCUAACACCAUGUUUUUAAUCUAAUUUGGAAUAAUUCACCUGUUCUGAAACAUCAGAUGAAAAGAACGACACCACGGGAGAAUAGCGUCAUUUUACACAUAAUACGAACUCAAAAGAUGCUAGAAUUUAAAAAAAAAGAAAAAUCGAUCAAUUUUCAGAUCAAAUAAGUAAUUUUUUGUGAUAUUCUUACUUUAGUUUAAUUUGCACGACUAGGAAAAAAAAAAGAAUGAAAUUUCCUUUGAACUUUAAUCGAAAGAAAAAAAGCUUCACGAAAUUCUGGAAAAAGCCCCUGAGUUUCCCCUGAGUGUUAUUUCCAAAUUUCUGAAUUAUGGAGAUAAUACUCAGAAAAUAAAAAAAAAAAAUGUACGUUUAAAAUAAAUGAAUUAUUUUGGCAUUGGGGAUCUUUGCUCUCUCUCCUGUAGAGAUAAAAAUUGUAGCUUGGCUGAAUGUACUUUUCAUACUUGUACUGUGAAUUAAUAAUAUAUAUAAAUAUAUAUAGAGAAAAGUUCCUUCUUGAUCGAAAUACAUUAUGCUGUGUACAUAUAUCAUUUCAUCUUGCACCAAUAAAACCAAAAGGAAGGUGA